CAGUGUAUUGAAUCUUCUUUGCUACUGUCUUUUUUUUCCCCUCACUUCUUCAGUGUGCCUAUCUAUUUGUUGUGUGCUGAUAUCGUUGCAGCUUUGCUGGCAAAUUCCUUCCUGCAGACUGGGAAUGGAAAACAGAGUUUUAAAAUUUAAAAAUAAGAUCAACUGUCGCAGAAUGCCAUGCUCUAAGGACAGAGCUAUCAUCUUAUCCAUGUGAAGUGACGUCUUCCUUUAGUAAAUACUUCGCUGAUGGUAUAAAGAAUGCGCGUUUGCAAUAUACAGCCCGCAAGGCAGGGACCAGUUUUGCAAUAGCCCCUCCCCUUCUCUGUGUCCAUCUUUUGAAGCUUAGACAAAGCAGCGGCGAGGGAGGGCAGCCAUCAGGCGUAAUUGUUAUUGUUAUCAUUAUCACCAAAGCCUUUUGCCUUUGCCAUCUUCCCCUUUUGGGUUGUUCAUUAUGUGGUUGUUCCUGUGAUCGUCGGCUGUUAGGGCUAGCAGUCAAAUUUGGACUUGAAGAAGAAGAAGAAGCCCAUAAUCAGUUGACAAAGUCGCAGGGCGCUUAAAGCAAGGGGCAAGGGGGAUGCCCUUGACUUGGAUUGAUUUCUUUUCCGCACUUUCUGUUCCUGCGCAUCGCUCUGUCGCUGCCGCCCGCAAAAGCGACCCGGAAGGGUUCAGCGAUGGCGCCGACGUUUGCGAGUGCGGAGAGACAGGCGGAGCUUCUGAAGCAGGAAGGCAAUACAUUCUUCAAGAAAGAUCGCAUCGGUGCUGCCAUCGAGGCCUAUACGGAGGCCAUUACCCUCUGCCCUGAUCGGCCAGUUUAUUGGACUAAUAGGGCGAUUUGCUACCGGAAGAGGAGUGAAUGGGAUAAGGUGGAAAGGGAUUGUAAAACGGCUUUGGAGCUUGAUAGCGGUUCCGUGAAGGCUCAUUAUAUGCUUGGCCUAGCACUGUUACAACGAGAUGAACAUGAACUAGGCAUUGUGGAAUUAGAAAAGGCCCUUGAUCUUGGAAGGGUUGCAAAUCCUGUUGGUUAUAUGGUGGAGGAAAUAUGGCGUGAGCUUGCCAAAGCAAAAUAUAGAGAGUGGAUGCAUGUUUCUACCAAAGAGCUUGAGAACCUGGAAAGAAUAAGAAAAGUUUGUGAGAAUGCUUUGGUAGAGCAAUAUGCACGCAGUGUUUCUGAGGCUAGUGCACAUUCUACGGAAAGUGCAACUCCCUAUGAUGAACAGCUAAAUGGCCUUGCUGAAGUUUUCAGAAAAGCUGCCGAGGCCAAGAUCCCAACUGAGGUUCCAGACUAUCUUUGCUGUAAAAUCACCUUGGAGAUCUUCCGUGAUCCUGUGAUUACCCCAUCAGGAGUUACAUACGAAAGGGCUGUAAUUAUUGAACAUCUUCGUAAGGUGGGAAAGUUUGAUCCAGUCACAAGGGAACCACUUGAUGAGAGGCAGCUGGUACCAAAUUUGGCGCUUAAGAAAGCUGUCCAAGAUUAUUUGGACAAACAUGGUUGGGCUUACCAGAUGGGCUGAGGUUUUCUUGCCAGUCUAGUAUAGGGCUUUAUCUUUUGCUGGGCUGUUGACUCGUGUUAGCCCUUGGCUCUCAUUGGUGUAUAUGGGUUGCUUUGAAAUUUUUUCUUUCUGUUUCUUUCUUGUAUUGUGGUAAGUCUGUUCAUGAUAUGUAAAGUGGCAUUGAACAGCGUUUUCUCCUGAAAUUGUACAGUAGGCCUAUGUUUUGCCAUGCUAAUUGUUGCAGUAUAUGAUAGAACAUUUAUCAGCAA